UCUUCUCUCAAUGGGGAAGAAGAAGAUGAUGAAGCUCUCAUCUCUCUUCAGAGGCGUCUCCGGAGGUUUACUGGCGGUUCCUCUCUGCUACAAUGCGAAGACUCUUUCGUUCCGAGUCGUCGGAGACGACAUGAUCAAGACCGUCAACUCUGUCUUCUUCGAAGGAGGAGAUGUGUUAGAUGCCGAGACGCCCGAGUCGUGGUUCACGAACUCGUCCGAGACGGCGAGUCACUCCACCGAGUCGGAUCAAGACCUCGACGCGGAGUCGCUGGAGAUGGUGGUCAGAGGAGUCGUCAGAUCGGAGCGGCUGUUCUUCGAUCCGGGAGUCACCACCAGCUCGAUCCUCCUCGAAGAGACAUCGAAAACGGAACGCGAUUCGAAAUCCAAGGCGGCGGCGGAGGCGGCGGCGGAGGAAGAGGAGGAGGAUCGGGAUUGCAUCUACACGCCGCCGAUCGAGGAGAUCAGCGUCCCGGUGGCGAUGGAGUCGGAGGAUCCGUACGGCGAUUUCCGACGAUCGAUGGAGGAGAUGGUGAGGAGCCACGGCGAGCUGGCUAAGGAUUGGCGGAGCUUGGAGUCGAUGCUCGCGUGGUACUUGAGGAUGAACGGGAAGAGGAGCCACGGCGUGAUCGUGAGCGCAUUCGUCGAUCUCCUCUCGGGACUCUCUGAUUCCGGCGCCGGUGAAUCGUCGGUAUCCGACUCGGCUCGUUACUCGACCGCCGUGUCGUCUUUGCCGACGUCGCCGCUGUGUUCGUCGUCUCGAGGUCUGACGGAGAUCGAAGAAGAAGAAGAGAGACGGAGCUGUUAAGAUUUGUUUUAAUUUUUAGUCUCGUUGUGUUUUUUUACCGGAUUAACUUUUUGGACGCUGUAAAAAACGUAACUAGUCGUUAGGUGGAAAACUAUAUAGUUAGAGGCUUCUGUUGACUUUAAAUAUUUAUCGUGUGCGCCCUUUUGUUCGCUGCUGUGUUAUAAUUAAUUUGUGAGUUUCAGACAACAAAAUGAAAAAUUCUCUAAUAAUUGAAACU